AUGGUACCUUCAAUCAACUUAAAUUUUUGGCUACACCACUUGUUUGUUAGGAGCAAACCCAGUAACCCGCGGGGCUACCCCUCUCCCUCUGCCCGCUCCCUUUUACCCUUUCCCUCUUCUUCCUCUCUCUUCUGGAUUUCUUCAUUUGUUUCAUUAUUCCCCUCUCUCUCUCUCUCUCUCUCUCUCUCUCUCUCUCUCUCUCUCUCUCCUGUGAAUUGGGCCUGGUCUUCAUCUCCAAGGGCAUUUUCGUCACAUUGUCAACACAAUAAUCUCUCUCUCCCUUUUCCCUUUCUUCUCUUCUUUCUGGCUUUCUAGAUUUGAUUCAUUAGUCCUUCCUCUCUCUCUCUCUCUCUCUCUUUCGUGUGUGAAUUGGCCUUGUCUUCGUCUCCGAGGGCAUUCUGGUCACGUUGUCAACACAAAAACUCCUUCUCUAUCUUCUGCUCUCGUUUUCCUUUCUCAUCUGACUUCCUGGGUUUGAUUCAUCCCUGUCUCUCAGUAGUUUUUCUACUCGUAUGUUUUCCCCAUUAUUUUUAAAAUUAUUGCCUUGGUAAUUCCCCUUUCUAUCUUUCAUUCUAUUCAAUAUGAUCCUAUUCUGAGUCUGUUUUGGACCUUGAGUCUUUAAAUUCUCAACACAAGUAUCGAUCUUUCUGCGUUCCUGAGUAAGCAUGAGGAUACUUUCCAAGUAUUGGGACAUGGGUAUCCGUGAAUCAGAACACAGAGUGGUUAAAUCCGCCUACACAUAGCAAAAACCGAGCACUUAAUCUGAUUGUAUCAUAGACUCAAUAAUUCUGAUUUUAUACCGAGAUGGGUGAUGCCAGUGAGGGCAAAAGAGGAAUUGGGAGCAUGGAAAAACUCUCUCUUGAACCAAACAGAAGCCCCAGGGAUUUGCUGCAGAGGUUCUUGGCUACUAACCAGAGCCGAUUGAUCUGCAUGAGUAAAGAAGAGGAGGAAGAAGAAGAGGAAAUCGAGUUGAAUCUUGGGUUAUCGAUGGGAGGAAGAUUUGGCGUGGACAAGACUGAUAAGAAGAAGUUGCUGAUGAGAUCUGCUUCCAUUGCUGGGAUUUUACCGGUAGUUAGAGACGACGGAGACGCGGUGGCGCCGCCGCCGGUGUCUUAUCCGGCGGCGCUGAUAAGGACGUCGUCGCUGCCGGCGGAGACAGAGGCGGAGUGGCGGAAGAGGAAGGAGUUGCAGUCGCUUAGGAGGAUGGAGGCCAAGCGGCGGAGGUCGGAGAAGCAGAGGAAUUCGAGGGGUGAGAGAGACGGCGGCAGCGGAGGAGAGAUUGAGGGGAAUUUGACAGGGAGGAGUGAGAGGGAGCAGUAUAUGGCGGCGGCCGGUCGGGUGGGUUUGGCGGUGGUGCCGCCAUUUGGGUUGCCUACUUGGGCCGCUCGGCACGGCGGAGGUGGUGGGCUAGGGUUUGUACAACCAUCAGGGUCUAUAGAGUCACAAGGUGGAAGCUCUUCAGGGAUGUCCGAAUCAGAUAGUAGACCUGCUCAAGGAUCCAGCAGCUGCGGCGAAGCAAGCCCCUCUAGCCUCCAGUCGUUUCAGCAGCGAAUCAACCGGGAGAGGGAAAACACAUGCAAAUCCAGUGCUGAAAUGGAAACUCCGUCUAAAAGGCCGGAGGCCUUUCCAGAAAGACGAGGCAAGGAACUGGGGUCCAACCCGACAGACAACAUGCCUUGCGUUUUCACACAAGGAGACGGUCCUAACGGGAGAAGAAUCGACGGAAUCCUGUACAGAUAUGGGAAAGGAGAGGAAGUGAGGAUAAUGUGUGUGUGUCACGGUAGCUUCCACUCUCCUGCUGAGUUUGUCAAGCACGCGGGCGGCAGCGAUGUGGCUCACCCUCUUAAGCAUAUAGUUGUUAACCCUACUACUUCUACUUCCUUUUAGUAACGGUGAUGGCUCCUUUAAAAGAACAAAUGGAUAGCAUCAUUCAGAAAGGGUAGCUUAUUUUUGUGCAAGGUUUUCUUGUCCCUUUCAAUUCUGGAAGGAAACUAUGAUAUGUAUUAUUGAGGAAUUGAUCAUGUUUUGGAAGGGAGAAGAGAUUUGAUUGGAUCAAUAUUGCAUGUCUAUCUAGUUAUAUCUCAAUCCGAGCUUGAAACAUUUGGUUGUUUUCA